AUGGCGUCGCUUUUGUCUUAUAUGGGAUGGGCCGUCCUCCCAAAUUAUGCCACAUCGAUCGCGCAGAGUGUCUACUAUGGACUCACCAUUCGCGCGGGUGAACCUCGUCCUCAGCCAGGCACUCCUCGCUACGCCCGACAUCGCCGUCGCAUCUUUAUCUUGGUCGUGACCAGCUACCUUCUUUAUACGCUUUACGAGACCUUCCACCGGGUGCAAAUCGCAGGCGAUUUCUACAAGGCUCUUGGGGUCUCGCCCCUGGCUGACGAGCGAACCAUCAAGUCGCGCUUCCGCCGGCUGGCGGCCCAGCACCAUCCGGACAAGAUCGGCGCAGGUGACGGGCUGCGCUCCGACGGCUAUUUCGUCUAUCUGAAGCUGGCGCAAGAUACGUUGUUGGAUCCAGUCCGACGCUUUGCCUACGAUCGGUUCGGGCCGAGCAUGCUCGAAUGGGGAGAGAAGAAGACGAUGCAGGAAUUCAUGUUUGCUGGGUUGCAGCGAUCGGUCCCACAGUACAUCGGGGGUCUGGUGACCAUUAUGAUCUUACAUUUCACCUGGUGGUCCGAAUGGGGGCGCUAUGUAGGUUUUCCCGAAAUACUCUCCCUUGAACACCUCUGGCGCUUUUUUACCUUUGCAGCUCUCGUGAGCCUCGAGUUGGCACUGAUCACGCAUCCCAAGGCGUUGUUCUUUCCCGCAUCCUACCUCCCGGAUGCCGUGCAAGGACUAUUCGGCAUCUCCUCGACGAACUCCGGGUUCUAUCUGCUGCCGUUCCAGAUCCUAACGCUGGCCCAACGGGCCUCGGUGACGCUGCAUAUCUUCAUCUCGCAGGUCACCCCUCCGGAGAUCGGCCGACGGGCCUCGUCUAGCGCGGGGGAGCAAUUGCACCCGAAGACCAUGCAGCAAUUGGGACAGCUGCUGCAGUUGUCCCGGGCCACUGACGGCGAGGCGACUCAGUUACUGCAGCUGGGAUUUGCGCCGUUCAAGGGCGAUCGUGAGGGCGUGGCCACGCUGCGCAAGGGAAUGAAGGAAGGCUUGGUGCUGAGUAGCGUAAGAGCCAGCCCGGUGGUGCAGCAGGCUGUGGCGGAGGUGAUGCAGCGGAAGAAGCAGGGGAAGGCCGAUUGA